GGCUGGCGUUGCAAGUAGUUCCGGUGGUUCAGCAGCCGAGCUGCGCGCAGAGCGACCGGGGUCUUCGUGCUGCGAGCGCAGACGCGGAUAGUGGGUCGAGCCAGCCCGUCGGAGCUGUCGUGUGGCCACGGCAGCGGUCAGCGUGACGCCCGCAGAGCUCGGCGCGCGCACGGAGCGGCUGACAGCGUCCGCGCACCGCCGGGGCUUUUGUCUUCGAGGAGUGCGGAGCGGGCGUGUGGAGCGCCCGGGACCGAGCGCCGCGCCGGUUCCCCGUUCGCCUGCGACGCAGCCGCCGUCGGAGUGGCUCAAUGAAGAACUUGUGACCAUGCACAAGGGACGGACUCUGCCCUUCACGUUGGCGACUUCCCCAGAUGCUUUGGCCCAAAGAACGAUGGAAAGGAAUGGGAAGAACUUGAGCCAAAGCUCCUGCACAGCACCCAUCCAGUGAGCCGACAGGAGACCUGCACACGCUACGUCGCUGAGCGGCCCGACCUUCCCCCCACACACCCUUUGACCCGCGAGCGCCAUGACCUCGGAGCUGGAGAGCAGCCUGACCUCCAUGGACUGGCUCCCUCAGCUCAGCAUGAGGGCGGCCAUCCAGAAGGCGGACACGGGCCACCACCACGGCCACCACCACGCGCUCCACCACCACGGCCACCAUCCCAUGCACGGGCCCGGCAAGAAAAUGGGCCACUUCGACCCGGGCACCACCCUGGACCAGGAGGAGGCGGCGCAGCACCGAGACGGCAAGCCGCCCUACAGCUACGCCAGCCUCAUCACGUUCGCCAUCAACGGCUCGCCCCGCAAACGCAUGACCCUCAGUGAGAUCUACCAGUGGAUCUGUGACAACUUCCCCUACUACCGAGAGGCGGGCAGCGGCUGGAAGAACUCGAUACGACACAACCUGUCCUUGAACAAGUGUUUUCUCAAAGUGCCUCGCUCCAAAGACGACCCUGGGAAGGGCUCCUACUGGGCCAUAGACACCAAUCCUAAGGAGGACACGUUACCCAGCAGGCCAAAGAAGAGGCCGCGCUCUGGAGAAAGGGCGUCCACCCCGUACAGCCUGGAGUCAGAGUCUCUGAGGAUGGAUUGCAUCAUGUCAGGAGGGGCGUCCCCCACUCUGGCCAUCAACGCCGCGAACAGCAAGGUUGCUUUGUACAACCACGAGGCAGAGGGCAGCGAGAGUCCCGGCAGCCUGAGCAACAGCCUCUCGGAGCAGAGCCUGGCGUCCGUCAGCCUCAGCAGCCUGAACCCCGCGGUGGGCGGCGGCAGCGGCGGCCACAGCUACACCCCAGUGAGCAGCCACUCGGAGCCGUCGCCCCAGUCCCUGAGCCUCCAGCAGCCCGCCCAGCCCCCGCCGCCCCCCCCUCCGCAGCCCCAGUACGGCCUGUCCGUCCCGGAGUCGCGCGACAAGCAGCUCUGCUUCGCCGACUUCGAGGACCUCAGCGCCUCUUUCCGCAGUCUUUACAAGUGCGUCUUUGAACAGUCCUUCUCACAGCAAGGUUUGAUGGGAAUGCCCGGCGACGCCAGCCACCCGUCCCGGACGGCCUGCUCCUACCAGCACUCCCCCGGCGCCGGGAGCCACCGCCCACACAACCACGGCCCGGCGUCGCAUCACGCCCACCACCCCCAGCAGCACCUGCCCCCCCACUCCGCCCACAGCCAGCGGCAGGCGCACCCGCAGCACCCGGGCCUCGCCGGCCAGGCCUGCCCCGCCGCGGGCAUGUCAUCGGACUGGUACCCCAACCUGGACUGGCUGAAAGAGAGCUGCCGCAUUGCCACCAGCUACAACUGGGCUGACGUGGACCUGUCCCCUUUUCAAGGUCUGAAGGAGAGCAUGCGACAGGCCGAGCUCAGCAACUGGUCGCUGGACGCGGCGCAGAUGGCCGACCUGUGCUCCUCCAUCAACCAGUUCUUCGCCGCCACCGGGGUCCUCCCCCCGGCCGGCGCCGCCCAUCCUCCAGCUCAGGUCCAGCACCCGGCGGCGCCGGGCGCCACGCAGCUCCCGGUGCCGCCGCACCGGGCCAUGCACCCCAAGGCGGGCCAGCACAACCAGCACGGGCCGCUCAGCCAGCACAACCAGCACAUCAGCACGGGGAGCAUGUACAUGGACUCCAGACAGAACGUUUCCUCUCUAAUGUGCCCGCCGGUUUACCCCCACAUGCCUCCCAUGAGCAGCACGGCUCCCACCAUGACAGGCGACGCCGCCGUUGGUCUCUUAACAGGUCACCACAGCCAGCUGAGCCAGCAGCAGCACACGCUCCCUCCGGGACACUUCCAGGUGAGACGCAUGCUCGCUGCGGACGACAUCCAGGACGACUUCGACUGGGACUCCAUCGUCUAAACCGAGCUGAACGGAGAGAGAGCGAGAGAGAGAGAGAGAGACUGGGAAUGAGAGGCCGUCGAGGUGAGUUUGGAAACAGCCAAACUGCCUGUUUCAUCAAUACGGAGAAUCAGAAGACAAUCCAAAAGAAAAAAACAACAAGUGGAAGUCCAUUUUUUAAAAAUCUCGAGGUGUUUUUUUUUCUGAUAAAACAGUUUGAUGACUUUAAAGACAAUCAAAAAAAUGACACUUAAACAAGAACUGGACCAAGCCAAGAUGUGAACGCGCAUCGUCCAAAGCAACAGGACGCCUGAAGAUAUGGGACUUGUCUCGAUGUCCCCCAGCGCCAACAGGGUCAUACGUCACCAAAGUGUUGUUGAGUCUUCUGUGAUUUUACUUUAUUUUUUAAUGUUCCUAAUCUUUUGCUUUAUUCCGCUAAAACCUGUGACCCACGUCUGCAAAGUUCCAGCGCCUGUGGCCAAAAUAAACCGAGACCUCAUCCUGUCCAAACUCCCCGCAGAAUCUAUUGUCCCGAGUCUGUCACACGCGUUCGGCUCAUGUUACUUAUUCUUUCUUUGUUCAUUCACGCUUCACUCAUAAAGAUGCUGUAUGUUUAACAAGGGUUGACUAUGGCGCCAUCUGGUGGUUCAAACAGGUAUCAACACGCUUCCUCUGACUUAAAAGUUCCACUUCAGCCUUUUAUCUUGGUUCUGUCACAUUCUAUCAUUCACACGUGUCCUGUUUUCUGUUUGUGUAACAGUCCAUUGCGUCACGUCCUCAGUGUUACAGUUACGUCCAUUACAUUUGAGACGCUGCUAAAUGUGAACUUUGUAACAGAAACGCGUACGUUUUCUGAGGUACAGUUCAGUUUGUCGGUGUUUCAUCUCUUUUUUGGGAACGUGCAUAUCGAUUAUGCUGAGACAAAGCAGAAGGCCAGCGGGCGGUGACUUUUUUAUUUUUAGAUGUCUCAUUUAGGAGAAGCGAGCAGUUUUUGCACAACAACAAAGCUGAAAGCAUUUAGCGAGUGAGAAAAAUAAAAGAAACUUUUUAUUUCUUUGUUUUAAAAGACGUUUUACUAAAAAAAAUAGGUCAGCAAAGGAGCUAAGCAAACUUUUUUUUACUGUGAUGUUUAUUUUGUCUGUGCGUACCAGUGUGUAUAGUCCUCUCUGAUUUCCUUUAGCGUACGGCUCAAAAAUACAAAUAAGAAACAGUUUUUUGUAUUAAGUGAGUACACAGUGAACGAUGGGACCUUAAAGUGCUUCUUGGUUUGGGAGAUCUCAGUGAUUGUUCAGAUGGUCAAAACAAGGUCUCAGUGUAGAAUAAAAAAAAAGAAAAAUACUUCUUAUUAUUGCCAUUAAAUGCUGUAUUACAGUGACCAGCAUAUAUAUCUUGUGUGUUUGUGCGUUGAUGUCUCUGUAAAUAACAGUAAGUUCCUCCUCUGUUUGCCCUCGAAAAACACAGGCUGAUGAAAACAGAAUCGCAAAUGGAGAGAAAGUAUUUUGUUAUUUGUCCUUGGGGAGACGCCGUGUGUACAUACCUGCAGUAUAUUGUAAAUAAGUGAGAACAUUUGGCGUUGUUGUGUGUCAUGGAUAAUCAGUGUACGGCAUUUCAGCAGUUCGGAAUCUGUUUCAGUGUUUAAUAAAAUGUCGGUGACCAUUUUUACUGCG